CUCCAGGUGCGUUACACCCAGCUGGUGCAUCAGAAGACGAGGAAGCCAGCGGGUCGAUGCAUGGGAGGAGUCAGGGGCGGGGUCGGGGGCGUGCCUGAGGGUCGUCUGGGGGCAAGGGGCGGGUCCAGGAGGUCAGGAUAUGCCUUUGCCCACCAGGAGGGCUUUGGGGAGCUCAUCACCUCUGGGAAGAACAUGAGACUGUCCUCCCUGGCCCUGGCCAACUUUGCCUCCAGACACAGCUCCAGCUGGAUAGACACCCUGCGCAGAAAGAAGCACUCAAACACACAUCCCCCGCAGAGCGCCUCAGGAGAGAGCAGCCCGGCACCUAGCUAUGUGUCGGGAUCGGCUCCCCCCCUGUCCAAUUCAUCCUCUCUCCUGGGAGGGUCGCAGGAUACUCCCCUGGAGGAGGGAACACACACGCUGCCUGUCAUACUCCCACAGGUGGCUUCUGGCCCUCCCACAAACACACCUCCAGCGUUAGCUCCAGCCCAGGUCCCCUCUGCUGACGCUCUCACCCCCACCUCGGUGAGGAGUCCUGGGGGAGACUCGGUUGGUGGCUGGAACCUUAGUCUGGGCGCUGUACAGGAUGCUCUAUUUGGUUGGAGGGGAGGCGCCUCUCGCACCAGCGGAACCAGCAGCCCGGGACCUCCCCUUGUUCCCAAGGAAACCAACCACACCGUGUGAGACGGACAGGCAGAUGAUAGAAAGAAGAAGGACAGGCUGUCAUAUCCCACUGGAUUCUCUUGGAAUACGUGAAGAAAUACUACAUUUGGAAGUUUGUAAUACUGAAGUUGGAAUGUUGGAAUGGCACUCACCCUGGGUUAGGAAGAGAUCCAAAGUGGCAGCCAUUGUAGGCGGAAGGCAUACACACCCAUCAACACACACGGGCAUUUGUAUGACACUGUCGUUGCAAUAGGGUUGGUACAUAUAUGUAUCCGUCUGAAAGAUAGUGUGGGGUAGUUGUGAUAGACAUGUUCAGAUUACCCACAACCCACUGCUCUGUCUUCUUCAACCAAUGAGGCAGGCUGAAAGAAGCACUUCUUCAUGCAAAUGAUGUAGCCAUCUGCUGAAGAGCUUGGUACCACAGGGAUCCGGAGAGAAACCCCGCUCCAACAACACCGCUGUGGUUCAGACAUGACUAUACUAUUUAUACAAUGGAUCACAUGUCAUAACAUCAUAUCAGAUUGGUUCAAAACAAAGUAUUGAAUUGAGUCUUUAUGACAGAAGAGAGGUUCAUUUGAUCGUCAGAAAGGUGGUGAAUUGAGUCUUUAUGACAGAAGAGAGAUUAAUUUGAUCGUCAGAAAGGUGGUGAAUUGAGUCUUUAUGACAGAAGAGAGGAUAAUUUGAUCGUCAGAAAGGUGGUGAAUUGAGUCUUUAUGACAGAAGAGAGGAUAAUUUGAUCGUCAGAAAGGUGGUGAAUUGAGUCUUUAUGACAGAGGAGAGGGUAAUUUGAUCGUCAGAAAGGUGGUGAAUUGAGUCUUUAUGACAGAAGAGAGAUUCAUUUGAUCGUCAGAAAGGUGGUGAAUUGAGUCUUUAUGACAGAAGAGAGGGUAAUUUGAUCGUCAGAAAGGUGGUGAAUUGAGUCUUUAUGACAGAAGAGAGAUUCAUUUGAUCGUCAGAAAGGUGGUGAAUUGAGUCUUUAUGACAGAAGAGAGGGUAAUUUGAUCGUCAGAAAGGUGGUGAAUUGAGUCUUUAUGACAGAAGAGAGAUUCAUUUGAUCGUCAGAAAGGUGGUGAAUUGAGUCUUUAUGACAGAAGAGAGAUUCAUUUGAUCGUCAGAAAGGUGGUGAAUUGAGUCUUUAUGACAGAAGAGAGAUUCAUUUGAUCGUCAGAAAGGUGGUGAAUUGAGUCUAUGACAGAAGAGAGGUUCAUUUGAUCGUCAGAAAGGUGGUGAAUUGAGUCUUUAUGACAGAAGAGCGAUUCAUUUGAUCGUCAGAAAGGUGGUGAAUUGAGUCUUCAUGACAGAAGAGAGAUUAAUUUGAUCGUCAGAAAGGUGGUGAAUUGAGUCUUUAUGACAGAAGAGAGAUUAAUUUGAUCGUCAGAAAGGUGGUGAAUUGAGUCUUUAUGACAGAAGAGAGAUUCAUUUGAUCGUCAGAAAGGUGGUGAAUUGAGUCUUUAUGACAGAAGAGAGAUUCAUUUGAUCGUCAGAAAGGUGGUGAAUUGAGUCUUUAUGACAGAAGAGAGAUCCAUUUGAUCGUCAGAAAGGUGGUGAAUUGAGUCUUUAUGACAGAAGAGAGAUUCAUUUGAUCGCCAGAAAGGUGGUGAAUUGAGUCUUUAUGACAGAAGAGAGAUUCAUUUGAUCGUCAGAAAGGUGGUGAAUUGAGUCUAUGACAGAAGAGAGGUUCAUUUGAUCGUCAGAAAGGUGGUGAAUUGAGUCUUUAUGACAGAAGAGCGAUUCAUUUGAUCGUCAGAAAGGUGGUGAAUUGAGUCUUCAUGACAGAAGAGAGAUUAAUUUGAUCGUCAGAUAGGUGGUGAAUUGAGUCUUUAUGACAGAAGAGAGAUUAAUUUGAUCGUCAGAAAGGUGGUGAAUUGAGUCUUUAUGACAGAAGAGAGAUUCAUUUGAUCGUCAGAAAGGUGGUGAAUUGAGUCUUUAUGACAGAAGAGAGAUUAAUUUGAUCGUCAGAAAGGUGGUGAAUUGAGUCUUUAUGACAGAAGAGAGAUUCAUUUGAUCGUCAGAAAGGUGGUGAAUUGAGUCUAUGACAGGAGAGAGGUUCAUUUGAUCGUCAGAAAGGUGGUGAAUUGAGUCUUUAUGACAGAAGAGCGAUUCAUUUGAUCGUCAGAAAGGUGGUGAAUUGAGUCUUUAUGACAGAAGAGAGGUUCAUUUGAUCGUCAGAAAGGUGGUGAAUUGAGUCUUUAUGACAGAAGAGAGGUUCAUUUGAUCGUCAGAAAGGUGGUGAAUUGAGUCUUUAUGACAGAAGAGAGGUUCAUUUGAUCGUCAGAAAGGUGGUGAAUUGAGAUGAAAUAGCAGAAUGAGUGGUUUUUAUGAUCAGCUGUUGUUAGACAUAGUACUCCAAUACACCUGUCUGUAUCCAGCUGUUAACCAAUCAGAAACAUGUCUUUAAUAGGCCAAGUAAUGCUGUCUACCUUCUCUAAUAAUGUAUGACACAGUGUAAACCAAUGCAGCAGUGUAGAGCUGUCCCUCUAACCUGUACAGUCUGUAUGAGGAAUGUCUCUGGAACCUUAUCAGUGGUCCUGGUGUUUGUAUUCAUGAUUACAUAUUGCUGUGUCACCAUGCCCAAAGGCUUAGUCAAACCAGACAGGCUGCACGAUCCUACACUCUUAUGGGUACAUACUACUGUACAUUCUCUAUCUGUCUGCCUGACUGUCUGUCUGACUGACAUUUUCACAUAUAGUCCGUCUGUUGUUUUAGCCAAUAACUUGGCAGGACACUGAGGGGUUCAGUCAGCCAACCAAUGACUGAAUAAUGCAGGAUGCUGUCCUUGCUGGAAGGUUGUAGUAUAUGUCAUCAUAAGUUCAUGGGCAGAGUUUCUGUGUUCACUAUAGUUCUCAGUGAGAACGCCAUUUUAACCUUACAGGACCAGCAAGACUCCUCUUCAUCAUGUUCUUCCUCAUUCUCCUCCACUGCACCAUAUUGGUGACCUGCUGCUGGGCCCACAGACAGAACUACAGUUAUAUCACAGACUCUGAGCCCUACCUGUACUGGGCUUAAGAGAGAGGAGAUGGACUUCUAACAAAAACCUGGACCUCCAUGUUGCUCUAUGGCGUCCAUGUUGCUUUGGGGCGGACUGAGUGUGUGGGGAAAGUAUGCUAAUAUGUGCUUAUGCAGUCAGACAGUAACCUGUAGUUACCUAGAGACUGAGCUGGUCUAGGAACAGGAGAACGUGUUAAUGAAUGGAGGCUUGGGAGGGAGGGAUCAGGGAUAUUAUUAUUAAGCCUUAAUAAAUCCACAGUAAUGAUGAUCAA